ACACACACUCAGAGUCACAAGAGGUGAGGGGAAUGUGCUUUUGGAAGUAUAGAAGUUUGCAACAAGUGGAUCCUUUACUCCUUAAUGAAACUAAGGGACUAGUCUUGUCCAACUUUCUAUAAAAUUCCUUCGGAGGACUCUUGCUCUGGGAACAGGAGCAUCUUUCCUGCCUUUCAGGAUACCAGCUCACACAGCUGGUAUUCCCGGACAGCAUGCCUUUGGGAUCUCACUGUGGGAAACACUGAGGGGGAGAGUGCUCAGAGCCCGUGGGACUGGUCUCAGUGGAUGCUUGAUGGGUUUUAAAUUUUCUCUUUUGGCAGUAGGAAACUGUUUCACAGCGGAGUGGAUAUCAACAUACAACACGACCCAUGAGGACUCUGAGUAGACGGGGAAAUUCUGCAAGAGUAAAUCCUGAAGUAAAAGUUUGCGAUAAACUCAGCUUGAACUUGGACUCAUAAGAACUUGGCUUGGCUUUUAUCUGCACUGAUUAAAAAAAAAAAACACCAACAAGAGAACGUGUUUUCAGCCCAAGUGGUUUCGCUUUGAGAUUGACAGCAUGGCCGGGUUCACCAGGAAGGGAUCCGGGAGACCCUCGUACUACUACAGAUUCCUGGGCAAAUCCCGACUGCAGCGUCAGCGAAGCCGGUCCCGCAGCCGCACCAGGCCGUCUGCCAACAGGGAGUCUCCUCCGGAGAGGACGGGACGCCGCCGCAGCAUGCCAGGCUCCUCGGACAAGAACGCCACCGUCAUGGAAGCCACCUCCACCUCCGCCACCCCUUUCAGAGUCACCGGCUUUCUGAGUCGACGGCUGAAGGGCUCCAUAAAACGCACCAAGAGUCAACCAAAGCUUGACCGGAACUCCAGCUUCAGACACAUCCUUCCCGGCUUCAGGAGCGUGGACAAUGACAGAUCGCAUUUGAUGCCAAGACUGAAGGAGUCUCGCUCCCAUGAAUCACUGCUCAGCCCCAGUAGCGCCGUGGAAGCCCUGGACUUAAGCAUGGAGGACGAGGUCAUCAUCAAACCUGUGCACAGCAGCAUCCUCGGCCAGGACUACUGCUUCGAGGUCACCACCUCCACAGGAAGCAAAUGUUUUUCCUGCCGUUCGGCGGCCGAGAGAGACAAAUGGAUGGAGAAUCUGAGGAGAGCCGUGCAGCCGAACAAGGACAACAGUCGGCGGGUGGAAAACAUGCUGAGGCUGUGGAUCAUCGAGGCCAAGGACCUGCCGGCCAAAAAAAAAUACUUCUGCGAGCUGUUCCUCGAUGACUCACUGUACGCUCGCACCACCUGCAAGCUCAAGACCGACAACCUGUUCUGGGGGGAGCACUUCGAGUUCAGCAACCUGCCCGCCGUCCGGAGCAUCGCGGCGCACCUCUACAAGGACACGGACAAGAAGAAGAAGAAGGACAAAAACAACUACAUCGGCCUCGUCAGCAUCCCCGUCCUGGCCGUCACCGGGCGGCAGUUUGUGGAGAAGUGGUACCCGGUCAGCACGCCCACCCCGCCCAAGGGUAAGACGUCGGGCCCCAUGAUCCGGAUCAAGGCCCGCUAUCAGAGCAUGAACAUCCUUCCGAUGGAGAUGUACAAGGAGUUUGCGGAAUACACCACCAACAACUACAUGAUGCUGUGCUCGGUGCUGGAGCCGGCCAUCAGCGUCAAGAACAAGGAGGAGGUGGCGUGCGCGCUGGUGCACAUCCUUCAGAGCACCGGCAAGGCGAAGGACUUCCUCACAGAUCUGAUGAUGUCUGAGGUGGACCGCUGUGGGGAGAACGAGCACCUCAUCUUCAGGGAAAACACUCUAGCCACGAAGGCCAUAGAGGAAUACCUGAAGCUGGUUGGUCAGAAGUACCUGCAGGACGCCCUCGGUGAAUUUAUUAAGGCUCUGUAUGAGUCGGAUGAAAACUGUGAGGUGGAUCCAUCCAAGUGUUCCUCUGGUGACCUGCCAGAGCACCAGAGCAACCUGAAGAUGUGCUGUGAGCUGGCCUUCUGCAAAAUCAUCAACUCAUACUGUGUUUUUCCACGAGAACUGAAAGAAGUCUUUGCGUCGUGGCGGCAAGAGUGCAGUAGCCGGGGUCGGCCGGACAUCAGCGAGCGGCUGAUCAGCGCCUCGCUGUUCCUGCGAUUCCUCUGCCCGGCCAUCAUGUCGCCGUCACUUUUCCACCUCAUGCAGGAGUAUCCCGACGACCGCACGGCGCGCACGCUCACUCUGAUCGCCAAAGUCACGCAAAACCUGGCCAACUUCACCAAAUUUGGAAACAAGGAGGAGUACAUGUCUUUCAUGAACCAGUUCCUGGAGCACGAGUGGACCAACAUGCAGCGUUUCUUGUUGGAAAUCUCCAACCCCGAGACAAUCUCAAACACGGCUGGCUUUGAAGGCUACAUCGACCUCGGCCGGGAGCUCUCGACCCUGCACUCGCUUCUGUCUGAGGUGGUCUCCCAGAUGGACCAGUGCAUGGCCUCAAAGCUGAGUCCUCUGCCCAGAAUCCUUCGAGAGGUGAACACGGCUCUUUCUAACCCGUCCUGCGUCCAGAUGACCCCCGGGCCGCCGUCGGAGCCCGUGGGUUCCCCUCCCGCCGAGGCCGGCUGCAGCAUUUCCACCGGACUGCAAAAGAUGGUCAUAGAUAAUGAGCUAUCGGGAUUGGUCGACUUCACCCGGUUACCCUCGCCCACUCCGGAGAAUAAGGACAUCUUCUUUGUGACGAGGAGCUCGGGUAUCCAGCCUUCGCCUGCUCGCAGUUCGAGCUACUCUGAGACUAAUGAGCCCGAGCUGGGCAUGUCCAACGGCAACAAAAGUUUAUCCAUGGUGGACCUGCAGGACCCCCGCAAUCUGGACGCUGGGACAGCUCAAAGCCCUUCGGAUGUUCUGGGUGAGACCCAAGCUUCUGGCGGGGGCUGGCCCGUCAGAGUCUCUCAGGGCAACAUCCCAGGCGGUCCUACCAUGAGGAGGCCAGGUCAGGCCCCCAUCACCCCAAACACGGACAGCACUCCGGGCCGACCCGCCCAGCUACUUGCCCCCCUGUCCUUCCAGAACCCAGUUUACCAGAUGGCGGCCUGCUUGCCAGUGUCUCCUCGAGGAAUGACUGAUUCGGGGUCAGAGUGCCACAGUUCAGUUAGUUCCCAUAGCAACAAUGAGGACGGACCAGCAGGAGGGAAGCAAGCCUUUAUGAACCAUAGCGGCGGCGGAGGAGGCGGGGGAAGCAGCGGCGAUGAGUACACCCGGCGUUCUGGGGAGUUCAACCGUCGGCAACUGUCGCUAACGGAGACCCAGCAUCAGCCCACCGUCCCGAGACAGAACAGCGCCGGCCCCCAGCGGAGGAUAGACCAGCCUCCCCCCCAGAGCGUCACGCGAGGCCGUACCCCGCCGAAUCUGCUCAGCAGCGGCCCGUACCCCCGCCCCACCUCCGGCGGCAUGAUGACGUCGUCGCCCGACUGGCCGGCCAGCGGCGCUCGUUUGCGGCAGCAGUCGUCCUCCUCUAAAAGCGACAGUCCCGAGACCAAACAGAGAGCUCAGCACAAACAGGCCCCCUCCCCAGUGAACCCCAGUGCGCUGGACCGCACAGCAGCCUGGCUUUUGAAUAUGAAUGUGCAGUAUUUAGACCAUGAGGGGAUGGAGCCCGAGUCACUAAGAAACAGAGAGGAUCUGACUCAGGUGGAGAAGUACCAGCAGGAGAUUGCAGUGCUGCAGGAGAAACUGCGCGCCUCCGUGCAGAAGCUGGAGGAGUACGAAGCCCGUCUGAAGGGGCAGGACGAGCAGGCCCAGAAGGUCUUGCUGGAGUACCAGGCCAGGCUGGAGGAGUCGGAGGAGCGUCUGCGCAGGCAGCAGGACGACAAGGACCUCCAGAUGAAGAGCAUCAUCAGUCGGUUAAUGUCGGUGGAAGAGGAGCUGAAGAAGGACCACUCUGACAUGCAAGCAGUCGUGGACUCUAAACAGAAGAUCAUUGAUGCGCAGGAGAAGCGCAUAGCGUCGCUGGAUGCCGCCAACGCUCGUCUCAUGAGUGCGCUCAGCCAGCUGAAGGAGCGUUACAGCAUGCAGACCCGCAACGGCAUCUCCCCCACCAACCCCACCAAGCUGCAGAUCACCGAGAACGGAGAGUUUCGGAACAGCAGCAACUGCUGAGGCGGCUCGGCGCGCGUCUGAGGCUCCCGGGCGUUGUACAUCGUAUUCCUCCCCCACUCACCCCGUCGGGGUCGACGAGUGCCUGUUUUUAGAUGGACUGUGAGACUUGUGUGGGCGUGGGUGUGUGUGUGUGUGUGUGUGUGUGUGUGUGUGUGUGUGUGUGUGGGUGCGUUUUAGAAAAGCAGUCGGCGUACUUCCGGAAGACAUUUCCACUUUUUCUCAGUUUGGAGACAAAUGUUUGGCACGAGGACGUUUUACGCGAGGGCCCACCCAGAAGGAGUGCAGCUCGGAGCGGAUCACCAGAUGGCCUUCACUGGGAGGCUGGUGGAAAGAGAGAGGAGGCAGGGCAGAGCCUGUACAUAAAAACUCUGAGCCGCGGACGAGUUGAGUCGCUGCGAAUACCCGAGCGCCCGUCCACGCCUGGGACAAACCACUAUAAAAACGGCACGCAUCGACGAUCCGCUCCUCCUUUCCCUCUCCCGACAGCGAAGUGGGCCCAUUUAAAAUCGCACGCUGAGGAUUUUCACUUAAGGUUGUCUCCAGAGGUUUACUUUCCAACGCUUUAUCUCAAAGUUUAUGUUUUUAAAGAACCAAAUGAGAGCUAUAAAUAGAUAUUUUUAAAUCUAAAACAAUCUUCUCCACGUCCUUUUUAACUCAGAGGUGUGUUCCUGAGCGUCCCGUUUACCCCGUCACCCCCCCCCCCCCCUCUCCCCCCCCCAAAGCAGUGCACUUUGUGAAAAGCUAUUGGUACACGAAACGCCUUAACUAGGGAACACACCUCGACUUUAACCCCGCAGCUCCUCCCGAUUCUGCAAAAUAAUCCAAAAACAACCCCAUAAAGGCACAACUUAUACUGUGGAUUUGUAGAGAAUACGACGUAAAACGAGAUGAGAUGUAUUAUAAAUACUAAAGUAAAUGAAUUCUAUGUGAUGCUAUAUUAAUGAAAUUUAACAUAGAUGUAUGCAUUUUCUUUUCCUUCUAGAGUAUACACACACAUAUAAUAAUGUCAAAUAUAAAAGCAGCCCUUUAUUUAAAGAGAUUUAGUGUCAUCUUUCCUUCUCUGAUGGUGAGAGACUGUAGUGUGUAGCUUGCUUUUGGAGCCCUGGAAAGGAAGACCGCACCUGAGCAGUGAUCAGCACCUCAAAGAGCCUUUGUUGUUCUUUAUGUAAUUCAUGCAAGUGUUAGAAACCCCUUUAUUAUUGUUUUUGUUGUUUGUAGGGUGUUAGAACGAUAAUACCGAGUUAUAAUAUGGAGAUUUCACAGUCUCAUGGUACUAAAACAAAAGUCCAUAAUGCAAUCUGAUUGUGUUUAAAGCCCAAAAUCUUCAGAUUCCUACUAUACUACUGCUAAAAUAUACCGUACUGAUUAUUAUCAGAAAGUAUUUUUUUAUAUACACCCAUUCAUUUGACAGAACAAAUAUGCUGCUUGUGACUUGGCAACUAGUUUUGACAAUGGAUGGAGCUCCAUUAGUUUUCACACCAUAAACUAAUGGUUUAUGGUGUGAACAUAUUGUGACAACAUAUUGUCACAGUUGAAUAUAUGUCCAAACAAUGUGGUUUUUAAUUAUUAGUUUAAACCACCAGAUAUUUUGCAAUUUGCGAAACACUAAGAAAAUUCCUCUAUUCUGGCUCCAUUCUGGUGUUUCAUUACCAGAACUUAAAACCCUUGGAGGAAUUUUUGCUGUUUUGAAACCUUAAUUUUUUUUCCCAAACCUGGUAUCCAAAUCUCAGUAUGAUAAUGUUGAGGGGAGAAAAAAAAAAAAAGACACUGGGAAUUUUUCCUUGCCUUGUCAAAAGUAAAGGUAGAAUAGUUUAAUUUAUUAUUAUUUUUUUUUUUGGUAUUUGAUCCCAAACGCUGGCUCAUGUCUAGAAUGAGCUCAAUCAAUGCGUAGUAGGUGUUUUCUUUUGUUGUUUUGUUUUGUUUUUUUUCCCUGGUGCUCAUCACUGCUCCGUCGGCAACACAUCAUUAAUUGUUAUAGGGAUGUUGGUCGAUUCUCUCUAGUUGCGCAGGAGCUAUAGAGCGACGCGUCUCGAUGCACUCGCUCAUACUAUACACUGGACUGGCAGAGCCGUUGUUUGUCAUUGACCUCCAUUCAGUCAAUUUUCUCCCUAACCGCUUUAUUUGUCCGCUGAAAUGAAGUAUGCUGCAUCCAAACUGUGACUCCAUCGAUCCUCCUUGGCAUUAGUGUUCUCUCUCGCCUGCCCUUUUUUUCUUGCUCCUGCCUGACCUCAUCUUUUUUUGUGUUGUUGUUUUUUGCCUCUGAAUGUAUAGACACCGUUGUAAAGUCUCGUCGUUGUAACUCACUGUCGGCUCACUCUCAUCUGCUUUUUAGGUAUUUUUGUACUCACUUCACAUGCAAAAGUCUCAAUACAUCGACAGCCAGUCGUAGCAUCUACACCCAUCAGUUUCAUUUGGUCGCCGGUUGGUCAGUGAGGAUGGCUGCUCUUAUACAUAUAUAUAAAUAAAUAUAUAUAUAUAUAUAAUACAAUACAAUAUAAUUAUUGACUGCAUCGUGAGAUGGGAGAUCAUGGGAUUGUGUAAAUAAAAUGCCCACACUAUUUUUACCGGAUGUUAACAGAACAUUUUGUAAAUGUUUUUUUUUGUUGUUGUUGUUGUUGUUGUUGUUUUUUUUCGUGCUCGGACUCUGCUGUAUCAUUAUUGAUAUUGUAAAUAUAGAAGAUAGCCCAGUCAGUCAUCUGUCCUCAUCGGGCAGAGCUAUACAAAUCAAUUAAUCAGUCAGUGUUCUCUCUGUUGAAAAGCUUGUGUUUGUAUUUUACCGUGUACUAUCUCUCUAGCCAAAAACAGAAAAAAAAAAAAAGAAUUGAUCACGUAGGGGUUUGACUCUUUGAGAUGUAUGCCUUGCUGGUUUCAAGCCAACUCGAGUCCGAUGAGCUGCGCAAGCACAAUCCUGUAAAUCUCAUCAGUCUCACUCAAUGCACUUUUACAUUUAGUGGUUGGUUUCUAUUUCACUUUUUCUUUUUCUUUUUUAACGCAGAACCCCGUUUCAGGCAUUUCAAGGUUCCUAAGCAACUAAAGGGAGUUAUCCUUAGUUAAAUACCAGGCAUUUCACACCUGCAUACUACACGGCUAUGUGAAGCUGUUUGUCUGCACAGAUUAAAGCAAGACUAUGAUCCAUUUGUCAAAUUCUUUAUUUUUAAAUGAUAGCUACAUGUACUGACUAAAUUGGCUCAACAAAGCUUUAUUUACAUGCAGUCUAAGUUUACAACUAACUUUUGUGUCCUAGCAAUUUCAUUACACCUUUGUGCAGCUAAAUGUCUAACUUAAUAUUUUUGUUUUUUUACAAGUAGUGCACUUGUGCACAUUUAGGUCAUAUGAAUGUGUACUAGAUGUGUUUCUUAACUGUCUCAUUUUAAAAAAUAAGGGUUUUUUUUAGCAUCUAGUUAAGCAGUAAAGCAAUUUAUAGUUGGCUAAUUCUAGCAAAACAGAGUUACUGAAUUAGGUCAAUUCCAACUCUAUGACACGGUAAAGCCAGAAAAGCACUAAAUAGGUUUAGUCUUUUUUUUUUCUUUUGCAAAUUAAAACUUGGAAUCAUUGUAACUUAUUGAAAUGAUAACCCUGAAAUAUAUUUAUCACACAGUUUAUAGCCACUGUUUGACUAAUUGCUAAACCAUCAGAUAUUUAGCGAUUUGCGAAACUGGGCGAAUUUGCAAAAAUGGUUGACUGUUAAUGUUAGCAAUUUGAUGCUAUUUUAGCUAAGCUACUGUUUAACUAAAUGUUGAAAUAGUAGGUGCUCCAAUUUGUCAAAGUUUUCAGGUUUGCCAAUAAUUUUCCAAAUAAACCUGAGAUUUGACUUACUUUUAGCAUUUUAGCAUAAUGCUAAUUUACGGUUCAGUUUUUAACUAUUUGUGAAAGUUGGCAAAUGUACUAACCUAUACUCCAAAUAAGCUCAAGAGUUUCAGUCAACAUUGUAGCCCAAUGCUAACUCUUACUUAGAUACAUAUUAUCUAAGUGAUAUGUUCCUAAGAAGUUACCUUUGUGCAUCAUAUGUUUUUCAGAUUUUAUUUCAGUAAAGCUGCUUUUCACAAAUUCUGCCAUAUUUGACUUUUGCUUUGUUCCAUAAACAUUUUAGUAUUUGUGCUUGGUUAACUUUUUAUUAUUGGCAUGGAGCCAGCUGAGUGUCUUGUAGCUACCAUUAUAAAACUAUAAUGGUAGCUCUACUGUUUUAUUUACAAUCUAAAUGCUAAAUAAGCCAAAUUUAUUAUGCCCAGAAGCAGAUUAUCAUAACUCCAGUCAUAGUCUUGCUUUAAGAUCUCGAAGAUUAAAAUGCAUCCACUAAUAGUUAUAUUUUCCAAUCAGUACUUUCACUAACAUCAAACAGGCGCCAGUGAUCAACUUUUGGUUUUCCCUUUCAUGAAUCGGAUAAAACAAAAGCUCAUUUUUGACCAUAGUUCGACCAAUCAAACAAAGGAUUAAGUUAAAUAUAAAGCUAUAAGUAAAAGAUGUAUGUUUUCUAUUCUAUUGUAGAAAAAAAAUACUUUUGUAAUUCUGUUGAAAGUAUAAAGUAUUUGCUGGAUUCUGCUUCCUUUGAUGACGGUGACAAAACAAUAAUGUACAGAAGAACUCGUGUUGACAAAACGUGGCUGUGCAAUUUAUGUACAUUUGCAACUAGACCUAUUAAAGUUUUAUUUAGCUAUUUUAAA